GCUUGAGCCCCACAUGGUCUCAUUGUCUUAGUUUGCGCAUGGCGCCGCUGGAUGUUGUGCCCCUGGACCUGCACGAGGAUUCCGCUCGACAAAGUGUCAUCGAGCUGCUGAUUUCUGCCUUUCAUGAAGACCCAGGCUACAUCACCUGGGUUCUUCGCCUGGCGGCGCACGUAGUGCCCGCUGUGGGUGGGAUGGCCUUGGGCGCGCUGUCCGAGGAGGCUUUGCUCGGAGUGGCUCUGCUGCUUCCACCCGGCGUCCAGCUCGAGGACGCAGGCCUGGGGAAGCUCAUAGGCCCAGAAGGUCCUGUGGGCAGUCCUCCCUUCAAGCCCAGCAAGGAGACCCAAAGCAAGGACCUGCUUGCCUGGGCCCGGGCGGCCCGGCGUCGCGACAGAGCUUUUGGUCGCUCGGUGGGUGAGAUGCACCGCGCGGUCGCGUCCAUGCCGCAUUGGUACUUGUGGUUCCUCGGUGUGCAUCCAGAUGCACAGGGGCAAGGUGUGGGAGCAGCACUGCUGGCCGAAAUCCAACAGAUUCAGGACCGCGACUGGGUGCCCUGCUACUUGGAGACAAGCAGAUGGACUAAUGUCCAAAUCUACUUAAAGAAGAACUUCAAGCUCGAGCGAGAUUUCGCGGUGCUCGCCAAAGACAAGCAGGGACGAAUCCUUGACAGGUUCGACCUCGAUGGCGGCAUGCACGCCAUGAUCCGUUUUCCAAACUCCGGAGCUGCGAAGCUCUAA